UGACGCACAGCCUGUUUUUGUGAGGUACAGAAGCGGAGGGCAUGCUCUGAGAGCAAUCCUGCUGAACAACUGUGCGUCCUCCCCCGUCUGUCUUCAUCUGGACUUAAUAGGCAACAAAUGUUGUGAAGGAACAGCAGGACAGCGCCGAAGCUCCACCGCUGGAUCUUUUUUCUUUUUACGGGUGGGUUGGUUUACUUGACGGAUCCACAAUGAGGGCGUUUAUUUGUGUGAGUUUGGCUCUGAUUUGUCUGCUCACCUGGACCGAAGCCGACAGACAGACUCAUCUGAAGCGGGUGCAACUCCACCGACGCGCAAAAACUGGACGUGCCCAGCUGCGCGCAACGGACAAGGCGGGCUUCGUCGGGCGCUUGCGCCCGGGGUUUGGAUCUGCGAUCACCAUGCACAGCUCAAACACUGCGGCGAAUGUGCAAUCUGACGAAGGGACCCCGGUUCCCGUCCGGACAGGGGCACUGAAGGGCAGGAGAGGGGGAGGUCAGGGCGUGUUGGCUCGGAGAGGCGGCGCCGGACAGAUUGGCUUGCCGGAGCGGUCGGACGUGUUGCAAGAUGAGGGCAGCCCUGGAGCAAGAGCCAGGAUCUCCAGGAUGCCAAACAGCGCGGGGUCACCCAACCUGCUGGCCAGUUUCGCAGGGAAGAACCGAGUCCUGGUGAUCUCGGCGCCCCAUGAGUCCGACGGGUACUACCGGCUCAUGAUGUCGCUCCUGAAACCGGACGUGUACUGCGAGCUGGCCGAGAAACACGUCCACCAGAUCGUGAUGUUCCAUCAGGAGGGGGAGAUGGGGGGCAAGGUGAGAAGGAUCACCUCUGAGGGGAAGGUGCUGCAGGAGCCACUGGACACAGCGCUCAUCCCCAGGCUCAUGAGCUUCCUCAAACUGGAGAAGGGCAAGUUUGGAAUGGUGCUGCUAAAGAAAACGCUGCAGGUGGAGGAGAAGUACCCCUACCCCGUCAGACUGGAGGCCAUGUAUGAGGUCAUUGACCAGUCGCCCAUGAGAAAGAUGGAGAAGCUACGCCAGAAGGGCUUUGUCCAGAAGUGUAAAGCAGCAGGUGUGGAGGGUCAGGUGGAGGAUGUCACUCGCACAGCUGUUGAGAGAAAACCAAUAAAGAAGUUCCCUAGAAAGCCUACACAGGCCUCAACAACAGCUGCUACAACCACCACAACAACUAUACGGCCCACAACAACAACUACACCAACAACAACCACAACUACUACUACAACGAGACCUACUACUACCACUACCACCACAACCAAAGCUACAACAACCACAACCAGAACUACAACAACCACCAAACCCACCACCACUACAACCCAGAGAACCACCACCACAACCCAGAGACCCACAAGAGGCCCACCCACAGCACCUUGGCUCCCAGCUAGCAGAACUACAGCGGAUCCUUACUAUGAGAACCACAGAGAGAGGUACCCGGCUAAAACCACUCCGGCUGGAGACAACCACACUGACAAGGACAGCAGAGAUUCACAUAGCCACAAGCGGUUGCCUGUUUCCCACAAACCCACGAAGGCCAAGUCCAGCAAGAAGAAGAAUGAGGCAGAAAAGGUAUCAACUAAAGCCUAUGAGGACAACAAUGAACCCAGCCAGCCAACUUCGAGAGAUCCGGAGGAGAUGGAAUCUGUCCCAGAUGUCAGUCCAACAAAAAAAGUCAAAAGUAAGCAUGAUAAGAAGAGGAAAAAGAGUGACAAGAAUUUCAAGAAAGCUGACAGGAGAGGAGGAAAACCUGGGAAAGAAGUGAAGAUCGGAGGAAAGAAAAAUGGAAAGAAGCUGACAAAGUACCCAGAAAAACAGGACUACCCAAAACCCACAAAGAAGCCAACGCCUCCUCCCAAGGGCUCCCUGGCCUCUUUUCUGGACUACUUUGAGAACAGGAGGCGGCUGCUGCUGAUUACGUCACCCAGUGAGGAGAACAGAAUGUAUGUUCAGCAGAAGGACGAGUACCUAGAGUCCGUGUGUGAGAUGGCCAUCAGGAAAGUUUCCAUCAUCACCAUCUUUGGCUCCCUGACCAACUCCACCAUGAAAAUCGACCACUAUCAGAUAGAGAAUGACAAACCAAUGAAGGGUCUUCGUCAGGAGGACCUGGUGAACCAAGACCUGAUCACAGAGCUGAGGAAGGAGUUUGAGAUGACAUACGAUGAGUUCUAUAUGGUCCUCACUGACACCGACAUGAGAGUCCAGCAAUCCUAUGAGGUUCCCAUUGCCAUGAAAGCUGUGUUUGACUACAUCGACACGUUUUCUUCCCGAAUCCGGGAGAUGGAGCAGCAAAAGAGAGAUGGCGUCAUCUGUAAGAAAGAGGACAAACCUCGAACUCUGGAAAACUUCUUGUCCAGGUUCAGAUGGAGACGUCGCCUGUUCAUCAUCUCCGCCCCCAACGACGAGGAGUGGUCCUAUCAGCAGCAGCUGUACGCCAUGGGCAGCCAGGCAUGCAAUCUGGGUCUGAGGCACAUCGCCGUCCUGAAGCUGGUUGGUACGGAGCUGCCAGACAUGGGGGGAGUCCUGGAACUUUAUCCCAUCAAUGGCAGUGCUACAGUGGAGCGUGAAGGGCUCUCAGCCACCCUGGUAAAGGACAUAAGGAACUACUUCCAGAUCAGCCCGGAAUACUUCUCCAUGCUGCUUGUGGGGAAAGACGGCAACGUGAAGUCCUGGUACCCUUCGCCCAUGUGGUCCAUGGCUAAUAUCUAUGACCUGGUGGACUCCAUGCAGCUUCGCAGACAGGAGAUGGCCAUCCAGCAGUCGCUUGGAAUGCGCUGCCCGGAAGACGAGUAUGGUGGAUACGGCUACCAUCAGCAUGGCUAUGAACACGGUUACCAGGACGGCUAUCACCAGGGUUAUGGUUACUAAGUGAUGAGUGACACGUUUGCUUGGUCCGCUGCACCUUUCGCUCUCAUAUCCUUUCAUCAUGUUGUUCUAGCCAUCCUCCACAUGGUAGUCAAGGAUGUGGACAGUGUCUUUGAAUGUUUCGUAGCACUUAAAGGAAACUCUGGAGCUCCUGUCAUGUACCCACUUCCUUCAUGCACAGCAUAUAGUACCACAUGGUGCAGGUAACGGGCUUAUAUUCAAAGCCGGUCAGUCAGAACCCGUUCAGGGAUGUGCUGUGUACUUUGGCUGUUUUUGCGUUUGUCCUUUUCCGGCGUCGAGCACACACGUGUCAUCAUCUACCACCUUUACUUCCUUUGUUGUAUUUACAUCUUCACAUUCAGGACAGAUCGUUUUGCUGUUUUUGUUUAUUUGUUUGUUUGUUUUUUGUAGAUAAUGGGCUUAAAGAUGUAUUUAUUGGAAAUCUGUAGCAUCUAAAGUGCAAUUACUGGUCUUUGUUAAAACCUGUUACAUUAUUUCCCCUCUGUAAAGUCUCUGUUGCUCUACAGAUGUCCUAUUUAUACUGUACCAGCAAAUAUGACAAAUAAAAAUGGGUUUACUACCA